AUGGCAUUCAAACUCAAAUCACUACCUCUUUCUUACUCUCUUCACUCCUCUCCCCGCCAAAACCCUAAUUUCACGCUUCUAAACCAUCGUCUUCCUCGUCGUUUCUCUGCUCCUUCUCUUCCUCUCAGUCUCUCUCUCUCAACCACAGCUUCAGCAUCCACGUUUCAUCGCACCGCCUUCGUAACCGCUCGCGCUGUUCGAAGUGAUGAAAUCGUUGACGAAGGCGAAGAAGACAAAGAUGAAGAAUUAUCGAGGCAGGGUGAGAAAAAGGAGCUAGUGAAUCAAGGAAUAUGGAGUCAGAUGAAGGACAUUGUGAUGUUUACAGGUCCAGCAACCGGACUUUGGAUAUGUGCACCACUCAUGAGUCUCAUCGAUACUGCGGUUAUUGGUCAGAGAAGCUCCGUUGAACUUGCUGCUCUAGGUCCUGGCACUGUUGUUUGUGAUUACAUGAGCUACGUGUUCAUGUUUCUAUCAAUUGCCACUUCCAAUAUGGUUGCCACUGCCCUCGCUAAACAGGACAAAGAAGAAGUACAGCACUACAUAUCUAUCUUGCUUUUUGUUGGGUUAUCUUGUGGCAUUGCGAUGCUUUUGUUCACUAGGCUAUUUGGUGCUGCAAUAAUAACUGCUUUCAUCGGACCAAAGAAUGCACACGUAGUACCUGCAGCUAGCAAUUAUGUAAAGAUUCGAGGCUUGGCAUCGCCUGCCUUACUUGUUGGAUGGGUUGCUCAGAGUGCAAGUCUUGGUAUGAAAGAUUCCUGGGGACCCUUGAAAGCUUUGGCUGCUGCUAGUUUUAUAAAUAUAAGUGGUUGUAUAAUUUUGUGCAUCUGUUUAGGCUACGGUAUUGUAGGGGCAGCAUGGGCUACAAUGGUUUCACAAGUUGUUGCUGCUUGCAUGAUGAUUCACACUCUAAACAAUAAGGGAUAUAAUGCCCUUGCCUUCUCCAUUCCUUCAGGGAAGGAACUUUUGACGAUAUUUGGGCUUGCGGCUCCUGUAUUUAUGACAAUGAUGUCAAAGGUGGCUUUCUACUCACUACUUAUAUAUUUUGCUACAUCAAUGGGUACACAUACAAUGGCUGCUCAUCAAGUCAUGGUCCAAACGUAUUCCAUGUGUACAGUAUGGGGUGAACCUCUCUCUCAAACUGCUCAGUCAUUUAUGCCUGAACUGAUAUAUGGAGCAAAUCGGAGUUUAUCAAAGGCCCGAUUGCUUCUAAGGUCUCUUGUGAUAAUUGGAGUUAUACUUGGCUUAUUGUUAGGGAUUGUUGGAACUUCAGUUCCUUGGUUAUUUCCCUUCAUUUUUACACCUGAUCGGAUGGUCACCCAGGAGAUGCAUAAGGUGCUGAUUCCAUAUUUUAUAGCCCUUGCUGUAACACCCCCUACUAUCAGCCUCGAGGGAACAUUGCUGGCUGGGCGGGAUCUGAGAUUUAUAAGUUUAUCAAUGGCUGGAUGCUUUUGCGUGGGUUCACUAGUAUUAUGGGCCUUGAGUAGUAGAUUUGGCUUGCUAGGCUGCUGGUUUUCCCUGGCAAUAUUUCAAUGGGCUCGGUUUUCGAUGGCCCUCCAGCGUCUUCUUUCUCCCAAGGGCAUUUUAUACUCCGAAGAUACAGACAGGUAUGAGCUCCUAAAGCUAAGGACUGCCUAGUUUGUGUCCUUGGUUUCAUACUUUAUAUUUCAUCACACAAGUUACAGUGGCAGAAGACUAUUGGGUCAUCUCGACCCGGGGGCCAUUAGUUUUAUAAUUCAUUUUAUCUGAGUUAGAUUGGAUUGAAUAAAUAAAUUUCUUUCUACAUAUAUUAUCACUAUCAUAAGUAGCGUGAAAAUUAAUUCAGAUCCUUGUAGUGGUGUGUGCACUUUGUAUUUGUUUAUGUAAUAUUUUUAUUAACUGCCAUCUUCAAAGUUUAGAAUAAUAUUCCUUACUCUUUUAUCAUUUA